AUGUUUGAAGUAGAGAAGAGGAAUCAUGAUUCAACCUUGAUGAAGAAAGCUGAGAUGGAAAGCCUUCUCGAUCAACUGCUUUUAGAGAAAGAGUCAUUGACUGGAACUCACAAGGAGUUGGUAAAGCACCAUGAACAGGCAUUAUUGGAAUGGGAACACACACGGAAUGCAUUGCAAGUGAAAGAGGAAUCCCUAGCAGUGACAGAGGAGGAGAAACAGCAGUUACGAGAGCAGAUUUCCAUGGGACUGCAGGAAAUUGAGGAGGUUCACAGAAAACUCACAGGAAACUUGAAGGAGAAGGAGAUUUUGGCUGAUAACCUUAUGAAGGCUAGAAAUGCCCUGGAGGAGAAAGAGACAGCUUUGAUGCAACAGUUCGAGCACAGGAUGUUGCAGUUGAGGGAUAACAUACAUAGACAGGAACUUCAGAAUCUAGAGAAGGAGAAAAACAUCAAGAAACUUGAGAUAAGGGUGGCAGAUGUGCAGCAGCAUCUCAGUGUUGAGUCCAAGAAGAAGAGAAUGGUUCAGAAAAAGGUACAUGAGUUGGAUAUGCAGCUGAUUGAUGCUCAGAACCAAAGGGAUACCCUUGAACAGCAACUCAGCCAAGAGAGAAUUUGUGCUGGAAGGACGAAAGUACUGUAUGAUAUCACCAAAAAAGAACUUGAAAAGACCAGGGAGCUUCUAAUCCAGAUGAGCAUGAAGCGAAAAUUUUCAUCCCAGGUUUCACAAGGAGAAGUGGGUCAACCUGUGAUGAAAUCUCAUCAAACUGAAUCUGAUCCUGAUGAUGCCAUCUUCAAAUGCAGGAAAGUCAAGAUACAUGGAGAGGACAAAAAAAAGGAGAGGGAUGCAAGUCAUCCAGAAACAGAAUUAGGUCUCCUGAAAGCUGACCCUGGGCGCAAAGACUUCCCACUCCUCUCCAAGUGCACAGAGGAAGACCUUCAAAUCCACGAAGAUGCAGAAGGGGUAGAGAACUGGAACACAGAUGCAAAUACAGAAUUUGAUAAAGAGGGGGAGAACACCACAUAG